AUGGAGCCGCAGCGAGAGGACCGGAAGCCAGAGAAGGCGGAGUAUCAGCGGUGCUUUGCUUGUAACAAGAAAGCCGCCUUCACUGAUAAGAAGGGUUGUUUUCGGUGUGGAGAGCAGGGACAUAUUGCUCGGGCUUGCAAGGUUCGAGUUGGCCAGAUCAAGACUGAUGCUAAGGUGGCUGCGGAUGAGGCGAAGGCUAUGGCUGGCCGAUACGGUGACCGCAAUGACGAUAGGCAUCGGUCGCCCAGGCAGGAUGCUGCCUUCCGAAUAAGUCGCGCGAGAGAUACCAGCCGACUGGAAGCUCACAUCCAGCAAGCGUACGGCCAAGAUCAAGAUGCGCAGCAACAUCAUCAGGAGCACUUCCGUGAGGCGCCUUCGCGUUCAGAGUACUUUGUCGAGGACGAAGUGGACUGGGACGACGACGCUUUAGAGACGGCCCACGUUGCUCCUGCGGUGAGGAUGAGUACCGGUCGGAAGAUGCCACAGCCUGAGUAUCCGAGACCCAGCCAAACGCCGAGCACAGCAAAGUCGGCCAAAGAGCCCAAGUUGGGCCUACCGCACCUCCAGAACGCAGAGACAGAUGAGUUCCCGCUGACAGUGCACGACCUUCGCGGCUACGACUAUCGCAUCUUCGCCACGUAUGCCGCCAAACCCAAGGCCCAGCGCUUCAUCAACGGCGCCAACGGCAAGAUCGCACCGGGAAUGUACGGUUCCGAGCAGCGCCACGACCUGGGGCUUUGCUUCACCACGUACCUUACGAAGAAACGCUGUGAGAUGGGUGUCAAGUGUCCCUGGCGCCAUCAUCCGCUUUCGAAUACUGAGAAGGCUUGGAUCAUCAAGUAUGGCAAACAGAAGGGAGAGGAGUUCAUCGAAAACACACCGGUGCCGGGUACUUCCAUGGAGGGCCUAGGUGACGAUAAGAACUAG